CUUGUUGUACCUAAAAAUCUUAACAAUUUUUAUGCUACGUGCAGAUAUCUUUGUUGCAGAGGAAUCUUACGUAAAGCUUUUCUCUAAAGGGAGCAGUCCUCAAGGGGCUGUGGUGAGAAGUGGAGUGUUGUAAUCAGAACUAUAUUUACAGAAAAGACCUGAGAGCAACAACAACAACAACACCGCCAGCAUGUCGUCGUCGCGGAAUGCCAAAGUUCCCAUCCAGUCAACAGCAGGAGCUGUUCCUGUCAAAAAUGAAAAAGGUGAAUUUACGAUGGAAAAGGUCAAGGUGGCCAGAUAUGUAACAGGAAAAAGACCAGACUUCGCUCCAGAGAGUAGUAGUGGAGAAGAAUCCGAUACAGAAUUCAAUCUUGAAAAGAAAAAAAAUAUUGACAAUGAACCGGAGAGAGAGGAAGUGCAUGAAGCUGUCAUUGAGGACAGACGUUUGAGGAGGUUACAGGAGAGGGAAGCAGAUAGUGAUGAUGAGGAUGACAGGGUGACGCGUCAUAGACGCCAGAUCAUUGAACCAGAGAUCGUGGCUGAGGUGGCCUCAGAGGAUGAGGUGGAGGAGAAGGGGAAGUGGAAGGAGGAGGAAGAGAGCAGUGGUGAGGAGGAAGAGGAACUAGAUGAGGAGGAGUUGGAAAGGAGGCGAGCUUUGUUACGACAGAGGGCAUUGCAGAGGAGGGAAGAGGAGGAGGUGAUGGACCUGGAAGAUGAGAAGUCUGAAGGGGAGAGUGAGGAGGAGUCAUCAGAGUAUGAAGAGUAUACAGACUCUGAGGAGGAGACUGGUCCCAGACUCAAGCCAGUCUUUGUCAGAAAAAAAGACAGAAUCACAAUCCAGGAGAAGGAGAAAGAGGAGCAUAAGCAGAGAGAGCGCGAGGAUGAGGUGAAGCGUAUGGCAGAGGAGAGAAGGAAACAAACCCUCAAGAUGGUGGAGGAUGAGGUAAGGAAGGACUUUGAGGAGGAGCGUGGCGUGCAGGACGCCUGUGACGCUGUAGACACUGGUGAUGAGAAUGACGAGGAAGAAUAUGAGGCGUGGAAAGUACGCGAGUUGAGGCGGAUGAAACGUGACAGAGAGGAGAGAGAAGCAAUUGAGAAAGAGAAACUUGAAAUAGAUCGGGUUAGAAAUUUGACAGAAGAAGAAAGGAGAGCAGAGUUGCGCCAGAAUCCCAAGCAGGUCACAAACAAAGCUCCCAAAGGGAAGUACAAGUUUCUACAGAAAUAUUACCACAGAGGCUCAUUCUUCUUGCAAGAGCGAGAAGAAGAUGUGUACAAACAGGACUUCUCAUCCCCAACACUGGAUGAUCACUUUGAUAAAUCAAUUCUGCCCAAGGUUAUGCAGGUUAAGAACUUUGGACGCUCAGGAAGGACGAAGUACACCCACCUUGUGGACCAGGACACCACACAGUUUGACUCCCCCUGGAUGGUCGAGACAGCUCAGAACCUCAAGUUUCAUACCACUAAGGGUGGAGGCAUGAAACAGGGCUUUGAAAGGCCGUCUCUGAAGAAGAGGAAAUGAACAGAAGUGGUCGUAACACAUGGAUCAUUGUGCCAAUGGGAUCUUGGUGUUAUUGCCCCGGUCUUAACAAUCUUGGUUCUUGAUCUUGGUGUCUUUAUGGUACUCCAUAGUAACAUCAUUGGAGCCUACGUAUCAUUGGAACCCAGGGGCCAUGAGCAUCUAUUUGUUAUCAGAAUCUGGAAGCUAACAGGCAGCACAGUGUGAGAGGAGAGGCCAGUGGCUAUCUUUUACAGCAGCUCCAAUGUGCAUCUUCACCAUCCUUACUACCAGGGUUGAUGUGAUAUUCAUUACUAAAACUUUCAGGGUAUUGUGAUGAAACCAUUGUCAGUCCUGUGUGAAGGAUUUCUGAAGACAAUAUUUUCCUGGAAUGGUUUGAUUGAGAUAAUUGUGUUGCCUCCUUUGUUGAAACCUGACAAAGUACUGACAAGUCAUGGUUGCUUGGUCUGACUCUGGAAUAGUCCUCAUCUUGUCCUAGACCAUUUCUGAAAACUUUUGGACGUGUAAAAUAGUAAGUCAAGCUGAUCAGUAUGUGUGUGUUAAUGGGUGCUAUGCUUUUCAUUGUAAAUAGUCUCAUUUGUCAUGAAUGUGAUGAGAGUGAGAAUUGAGAGAUAAUAGUAAAAGAAAUAAAGCUGAGUAAAAUGGUAAUUGUUGUUCUCCUCUCCUCAGUGCUAUCAUCAUUGUUGUAGUCUUUAAA